GCAACAGGACGAGCUGCCAAACCAGCAAGGACAGUUGUCAUCACUGGUGUCCCAGAUGGCCUUCUGCACAACGAUGUCAUGGCUGACAUCCUGACCAUCCACUUCCAAAUGUCCAGGAAUAAUGGUGGAGACGUGGAAGAGGUCACAUAUCCAACAGGGAAUAAAGGAGUCGCAUACAUAACUUUUGAAGAUCAAGAAGUUGUGGAGAGUGUUCUGAAGAAGAAUGACCAUCAGCUAGUGGACAAGAGGCUGCCCAGACACUACCCCCUGCAAGUAACUCGCUACUGUGAACACGUUUUCAGCUCUGUCAAGUCUGUCCUCAACAUGUCUGUUUUCAAAGACCAGUUUGCUGUGGAGGAUCUGAUUGAGGAAAUGAAGAAGAAGAGCACAGCUUUGAGCUUUGGGCCUUUGCUGUCCAACGGGCACAUUGCUGUUCAAGGGUCCUUUCCAGCCAUCAAAGUGCUGAGAGAUUUUCUCUUGCUGAAAGCCAAAUGCCUCUCAGAGCAGGACAAAAGAGAAGAGAGUAAACCCCAGCAGAGACCAAGGAGGAGGCUACAGGAGCACAGACUUAGCACCGAGACAAAGAAUUUCACUCCUGAUGCAGAUGGGGAAAAACAAGUGGUUGUUCUUGACACUGACGUGUAUCACUACAUGAGGCACUUUUCCCUCAGGGCACUGCUGGCGACUGGUGAUGUUGUAGUUUCUGAUAGCACUGAUGGGGGUGUAACUACAGUGUGCAUUGAGAAGGCUGCAGGUAGGGCUGAUGCUGCUCAGGUGCUAAGAGUCAGGAAGAAGAUUGAGAGUAAGUCUGUAGAGCUCCACAAGGUUUUACGUAAGGAGAGGCUCUGUCUCAAGGGCCACACCAGGGAUGAGAAGCAGAGGUACAAACAGGUGUGUGAGAGGUUAAAACCCAGUUACCCUGCUGUUCUGGUCGUUCCUUAUGACACUCACAUCGACCUGAUAGGAGCUUCCUCUGAGAUUUUCAAGUUUAGAAAGGAAGUCAACAGUAAGACUCAGACUCCACCAGGUAGGAG